ACUCGUUCUUCCUUGCCAGCCACAUCGACACUACGAAGCGCAGAUGCCGAGCAGGAGCUGCUGACUCGAUUGAGAAGCGCAUUGAAGGAUGCCAUGCGGGCCAAGGACCAAGGCAAGGCGGGCGUAUGGAAAGAGGUGCUGUCCAAGUACGAAACGUCUCAAAAGUCUCCCAACAAUCCUCCCACCACCCUGCUCUCCAUCCUUCGCAAAGCUCAAGCGAGCCGCGUAGAAGCUGCAAAAGACUUUCGAUCCCUCGCUUCGCCCAGGGAAGAUUUGGCAGAGAGCGAGAGCAAGGAAGCGGAAUGGAUCGCAUCGUUGCUACCC